AUGUAUUUUUAUCUGUUUUUACAAUUUAUUAUGGGAGUUUAUAUUCAUUUAACUUUUAUUAAUCUCAAACUGUCUGUAUUAUCUGUUACACAUUAAACUCAAUGUUAAUUAUGUAAAAUAUUUAAAAUGUUUAACGGCCAAAACUAUAGAAGGCUUUAUGGAAUCAUUCUUAAUCUUAAUACAAAUCGAAUCAAAAGUAGAUUCUUUAACAUCCAAAGUGAUAAAUCACAGUUAAUUAAAAAGGUUUCAAGUAAUCGAAAACAGUGGGAACAACUGAGAAAGGAAUCACGUGAUGAUACAUCAGAAUAUGAUAACAUAUCCUAUGAAAAAACAAUUGCCCAUUCUGGGUUCGGGAAGUCACAAUCUUCUAAAAGUAAACACGGGCUCAAAUAUUUAGGAAUGUUACAGAGUGUAAGUAAGUCUACUUCUGAUGAAAAGCUGUUUAAUAUACUUGCUGAUAUCUCUAAAUUUAUUGAUGAAUUCAGUCCAUACGAGCUCAUUGAUAUCGGGUAUUUUUUAACAAGAAUUAACAGACCUGGGUGUUCUCAAGUUGUCGAACCUAUAUUGCACCGUUUUUUCUCACUACCUGAGAGAUUUUCGUGCUUAAAUGGAGUUUACUUCCAUAGGUUGUUGAGAACUAUGUUUAUAUUUCAAGAUGUUACAUAUCGAGUUUGGGUUUACGAAAUAGCUCAAUUGGUGUCCUCUAAACAUGAUCAUUUGAUAAUGCGGGAUAUGCAGUUAGUUAUUGACGACCUAUCUCUCUUCUACGACGCAGCAGCCCAAGGAGCUUUAAACCAAUUAGAAGACUCGGUUUUGUCCAGAGUACAUGAACUAGAGUUGUACAGACUCCCACUCCUAAUUCACGCUCUAGGACGUUGUGGAUACAAUUCAAUAAACGUACCAAAGGAAGUUCAUAGAGUAUAUCUUAGUUAUAAAGGUCACAAAGAUUAUUAUUCGUCUCACCUAAUCGGACUGCUGUUAAAGGGUUACGCUUCAUUUCGUUUUAAUCCAGGAACUGAGUUUCUAGAUGAUGUUUGGUCAAACAUUAAGGAUAAACUAAAGAACACAGAAUUCAAGUAUCUAUCGUGGAUUGGAGAAUCUUUUUUAAAGUUGAGAUAUUUUCCUAGCAUUUCCGUGAUUUUAGAUGAGUUGAUAUCCAAGCAUAGCAUUUUAAGUCAUCUUGAAUUCACAGACUUUAUUAGUAACUGUUGGUCGAUACAAUCUCACAUCCUAUCUCUUGAAUUUAAGAAUUAUAUUGUUCCCGGGUCAGUUUGGCAGGACCUUUCAUACUCUGAUGACGGCUUUUCAGAGAUGAACCCAAAUUCACUAUCGCUAGAGAAUAAUCCUAAGGAGACUGUGGAUAACCUGUACAGGUACUAUAAACGAUUAAUUUCAUUAAUAACAACUGAAAUGCCAGGAAAAAUAUAUGAGUCAACACCACCAUACAGAUCAACACAAUUUGAGCUAAUGACGAGGCUAAUUGAUAUAUACCCCAACCCUAGGGAUUUUAGAAUACUCCUGCCACUCAGAAAGUAUGAUUCAAUUUACCCCGUUCUUAGCUUUCCUAAUUCUCUCAACACAGCUAAUAAGGGUGAUAUUUCAUAUCUUUUCACUCAAAUGGACCACUUGAAUUCUUCAAAUUUCUUUGGACCUAAUUCUAACUUUGAACAAAGUCAAUUACAUGACAAAAACAUCAAUCCUGUCUAUUCUGAGAUGAGUAAUGCGUCAAGUGGUUCAUCAGGUUUGAAGGAGCUGAAUCCCAUUUUGAAGCAAUAUAUACACUCAGUUUUCUUCAGAACACCUGCAUUGGCACCCAGAGGGCUAAGACUUUUGAUACAGGGACUUGCAAGAAUCCACUUUGAACAGAGAGAGGAGUCAGACAUAGAUAAGGACUUGAUACCAAACAUGAAGAUAAAAUACUACAAAAGACCCCUGUCAAGAACCAUCGUAAGGGAAGUUUAUAGGAAACUAGCUUGCUUCAAUAACGAUGAUCUUAUAGUAUCUCUUUUCUGCAUGAUUGUGUUGAACAUGUUUGAGUUCCAGCUUUCCAAACAGCUUCUUUCAGAGGCAAUUAGGAUUUGGACACAUCAGAAGAGCCAGAACUCUAUAUUGGAAGAACAACUUGAGAUGAUUUCUUUGUUCUUUUUGACUCUUGAGAAGAAUAACCCUUCUGCAUACUCAGCCUUGGAUAUGGAAUCCAUUGAAAAAAUUAUCCGAUAGUGUAAAUUUAGUAAAUGUAGUAAAUAAAUGUUUUCAUAACUAUUCUGAUGUCUAACAUAAGAUGUGUAAUUUCAUUAUUUUCAAGUAUUUUACACAUCCUGAUGUUGCCCGACUACUCUCUACCUGUGAAACAAAAAUA